AUGGAUCGCGUUAAUACAUUAUUCUUAGAGAAAGUUUUGAAAAACUUAUCAAAAUUUAGUGGUACUACACAACAACGUGUCAAUGAUUGGCUAUUGACAAUUAAUCAAGUAUUUGAUGCAUGUGAAUUAUCAGAACAGCAACGUCGUAAAUGGGCCAUUGGAUUCCUUUCUGAUGAAGCGUUAAAGUGGUACAACAGACAACUAAUCAAAUUUGAGACAUGGAGUGAUUUUCAGAAUGCAUUAAAAGAUAAUUUUCCAUCACCACCAGACCCAUCACGUUCCAUCAUUCAUCAACAAAUUCUGUGCUGGAAACAAGGUGAUACCGAGAUAUUCACUGCUUAUUAUUGUUAG